GCCUCCACCUCUCCGGCACAGAGCACAACCACAUUCACAGCCCCAAGCAGUGCCACCACCAUCAAGACCUCUCCCCCUGUCACUGAGCCCACAACCACCAUCGUCACCACACCAACAGAGCCCAUCACACCUACCAGCAGUGCCAGCACCGCCAAGGCCUCCACCCCUCUGACAGGAGGCACGAGCACCACCAUCACCACACCCACCAGCAGUGCCAGCACCAUCAACACCUCUCCCCCUGUGACAACAGGCACCACCACCAUCACACCAACAACACCCACCUCACCCACCAGUACCGCCACCACCUCCACCAACACAGGCAGCUGCCACGAGCGCUGUGCCUGGACACAGUGGUUUGAUGUGGACUACCCAGCCCCUGGUAGCGACGAUGGAGACAUAGAGACGUUUGCAAGCAUCCGAGCUGCGGGUUUUGAAGUGUGCAUCAAUCCACAGGACAUCAACUGCCGUGCUGAAAACUACCCCAACAGGAGCCUGGAGAGCCUGGGCCAGGUACUGGAGUGCAGCGUCGAAAAAGGCCUUGUGUGCAGAAACAAGGAUCAGAUCAGCAAGUACCCCAUGUGCUACAACUACCAGGUCAGUGUGCUGUGCUGUGACCGCAAACACUGCGAGACAACACCAAGCACCACACCAAGCUCUUCGACUACAACCACUCCUGCAGAAACAUCCACGGAGACAACCCAGACUCCCACACCACCCACUCCUUCCUCCACUGUACCCGAGCCGACAACGCCAACCAGUGCUGGCACCACAGUUGUGCUCGAGACCAGUGUCCCUCCAACACGGGGCACGACCAUCAUCAGCACAUCCACAGAGCCCACCUCACCCACCAGCAGUAAAAGCAGACCCUCGACCACUGCAGAAACGACCACAACGUCUUCCACAACAUCCAUUCCUGUUGAAACCUCCACUGCAGCAACACCUACUCCAGCAUCACCCACUACUGCCUCUACCCGUCCCCAGUCAACGAUGACCACCACCACCAGCACCACGGUGAUCAGCAAGGCCUCCACCUCUCCGGCACAGAGCACAACCACAUUC